UCGUCCUGUUUCUCUUCCAGCCUCAGUAAUUUUGCUCAGGUCCCUAGAGUCUGCCCCGCCCCCGCCCCCGCAAGCGCGGUGCAUGCCGGUCUUAGCCCCUCUGUAGGGAAAGAGGGUCCGCCAUGUUCCCCGGCGGCGCCGCCGCUUGGCUCUGGUAGCCGCCGCCCCCGCCCCCAACCCCGCCCGGCCCAGCGCCUAGCCGAGCCCCGGGCCCAGCAUGGCCGCCCCGGAGCCGGCCCGGGCUGCACCGCCCCCACCCCCGCCCCCGCCGCCCCCUCCCGGGGCUGACCGCGUCGUCAAAGCUGUACCUUUUCCCCCAACACAUCGCUUGACAUCUGAAGAAGUAUUUGAUAUGGAUGGGAUACCCAGGGUUGAUGUUCUGAAGAAUCACUUAGUAAAAGAAGGUCGGGUAGAUGAAGAAAUUGCACUUAGAAUUAUCAAUGAGGGUGCUGCCAUCCUUCGGAGAGAGAAAACCAUGAUAGAAGUAGAGGCUCCAAUUACAGUGUGUGGUGACAUCCAUGGCCAAUUUUUUGAUCUGAUGAAACUUUUUGAAGUAGGAGGAUCACCUGCUAAUACACGAUACCUUUUUCUUGGUGAUUAUGUGGACAGAGGUUAUUUUAGUAUAGAGUGUGUCUUAUAUUUAUGGGUCCUGAAGAUUCUUUACCCAAGCACAUUAUUUCUUCUGAGAGGCAAUCAUGAAUGCAGACACCUUACUGAAUAUUUUACCUUUAAGCAGGAAUGUAAAAUUAAAUAUUCAGAAAGAGUCUAUGAAGCUUGUAUGGAAGCUUUUGAUAGCCUGCCUCUUGCUGCACUUUUAAAUCAACAAUUUCUUUGUGUUCAUGGUGGACUUUCACCAGAAAUACACACACUGGAUGAUAUUAGGAGAUUAGAUAGAUUCAAAGAGCCACCUGCAUUUGGACCAAUGUGUGACUUGCUAUGGUCCGAUCCUUCUGAAGAUUUUGGAAAUGAAAAAUCACAGGAACAUUUUAGUCACAAUACAGUUCGAGGAUGUUCUUAUUUUUAUAACUAUCCAGCAGUGUGUGAAUUUUUGCAAAACAAUAAUUUGUUAUCGAUUAUUAGAGCUCAUGAAGCUCAAGAUGCAGGCUAUAGAAUGUACAGAAAAAGUCAAACUACAGGGUUCCCUUCAUUAAUAACAAUUUUUUCGGCACCUAAUUACUUAGAUGUCUACAAUAAUAAAGCUGCUGUAUUAAAGUAUGAAAAUAAUGUGAUGAAUAUUCGACAAUUUAACUGUUCUCCACAUCCUUACUGGUUGCCCAAUUUUAUGGAUGUCUUCACAUGGUCUUUACCAUUUGUUGGAGAAAAAGUGACAGAAAUGUUGGUAAAUGUUCUGAGUAUUUGCUCUGAUGAUGAACUGAUGACUGAAGGUGAAGACCAAUUUGAUGUAGGUUCAGCUGCAGCCCGGAAAGAAAUCAUAAGAAACAAAAUUCGAGCAAUUGGCAAGAUGGCAAGGGUCUUCUCUGUUCUCAGGGAGGAGAGUGAAAGCGUGCUGACACUCAAGGGCCUGACUCCCACAGGGAUGUUGCCUAGUGGAGUGUUGGCUGGAGGACGACAGACCCUGCAAAGUGUCCCCAGGUAUCAGUGGACAGCCAUGGCUCCAAGAUCUCGGCAGCGAAGGCACAAGAAACCCCCUUCAUCAGUGGCUCCCAUGGUUGUGACCCCAUCCACAGUUGUGACCCCUGUGCCUCUGACCCUCUCAAAACCUGACCCUAGCAUUGAUGCGCUUGGCUUCUUCUCCUUGGAAAAUAAUGUUCCUGGCCUAUCUCAGCUAAUCCUUCAAAAGCUAAGCAUGAAAAGCUAUGAAGAAUACAAGUUGGUGCUAGAUGGGGGUGCUUCUGUAUCAGGCUUUGGAUUUCGAUGCCCUCAAGAAAUGUUCCAGAAGAUGGAGGACACAUUCCGAUUCUGUGCUCACUGUAGAGCUCUCCCUAGUGGUCUUUCAGACUCCAAGGUCUUGCGGCAGUGCAAAAGGUGCAGAAAUGUCUAUUACUGUGGUCCAGAGUGCCAGAGGUCAGACUGGCCAGCACACAGGAAGGUUUGUCAAGAGCUGCGUCUUGUAGCUGUGGACCGUCUCAUGGAAUGGCUCCUAGUCACAGGUGCUUUUGUCCUACCUUCAGGGCCUUGGCCAUGCCUGGCUGAAACUGUACAGAGCUGGGAUACCUGGUUUUCUAUGCGGCAUUUACAGCUAGAUGCUACACUGGAUGCUGUGCUAGGUAGUCAUGCCAUGACCACCCUGUGGGCCAGCGUAGGACGGCCAAGGCCAGACCCAGAUGUCUUGCAGGGCUCUUUGAAGCGGCUGCUGACAGAUGCCCUCUCACGACCCUUGACACUGGGCCUUGGGCUUCGGGCCUUGGGGAUAAAUGUUGGGAAGAUUGGGGGAAGCACAGUGCAUGUGGUUGGUGCUUCCCACGUGGAGACAUUCCUCACUCGCCCUGAGGACUAUGAUGAGCUUGGCUACAUGUUUCCUGGACACCUUGGCCUCCGUGUGAUCAUGGUGGGUAUAGACGUAUCUGCUGGUUUUACACAGAACCCCUCAACUCCCAUCCUGGAACCUGGCACAGUUCAGCUCAGUGGCCAUAGAGGCCUCUAUCAUGACUUCUGGGAGGAGGAGGUAGAGACUGGGCGGAUAGCCCAUCCAGAUUUGGUGGUGACAUUCCAUCCAGGUUUCCAUGCUUCCCCAGACUUAAUGGAGGCCUGGCUGCCCACCCUCUUGCUACUUCGUGAUUAUGAGAUCCCUACAUUGAUCACUGUUUACAGCCAUCAGGAAUUGGCAGCCUCAUUACAGAUUCUGGUGGACUUGGAUACAAACAUCACCGCCUAUGGAGCUAACCCUUUUGCAUCCCUCAAACCUGAACAGGCCUAUUCCAACCCCAACAAGCAGCCAGUAUACUGCAAUGCCUAUUAUAUCAUCUUUCUUGGAAGUUCCUGCCAGUUGGAUAGGAGGCAACUGGAAGAAAAAGUAGAUGGUGGAGUUUAAAUAGCUGACCCAGAUCCUGACUGGAUUUCUAGAAAAUGGGGAGGUUGUAAUGAAAUUACUCUGCUGAUGUCAGGCUGUUGCUGACUUUGAAAUCCACUAUGUCCUAAACCUCAUUCACUUGUCCAGGUAAAGAUUCUCAGCUGAAUGGGAGUUCUGUGUGAUGUGACUCAUUUCUAAGAGGUUAGCCAUAAAUAGCUUCUAGAGACAGGAUUCUAGAUUUAAUACAUGGCAAGAGGCCCUGGUAUGUCUUUCCAGCCUAGAAUUCCUAAUAGUUUCCUUUGUGAGAAAGUUUUACCUUGAAUCAGAUGGUGUAAAGGAGAAGAAUGGCACCUUAUUCUUUUGGAAAAGACUUUCUUGUUAUCCAGAAAUCUUGGCUAAAAAAUGGAGAGGUGUUAACGACUUGAAGGGGUACACGAAUGGGCAAGUCAGAGAAGCGGUUGGGAACGUGGGAGAAGUUGUGAGGAUUGGUAUGUUGUUCUAUUUCCUGGCUUUUUCUAGAUAAAUAUCUUAUUUUCUUCUUUUCUAUUGGGCUCUUCUCACCCUAGAGUAGCUUUUUGCUUGGUGUUAUAUUUAAAUAUCCCAGGGUAUCUCAGGCUUUAGUUGAAUGUACUGGAGUUAUUUGUUAUUACCUAGUCUAUACCAUAAUAAACUCAGUUUGGGGCUUCUUGUUGUAUCCUUUUUCCUAUUCACUGGCAAGUAUUACUUGUCUACUCACAAUACCUCAAGACUUGAGGUUUCUCUUUUGCCAAAAGAGUUGUUAACACCAGCUCUCUGGGCCUGCUACUCUGCCACUUCCCAUCUCAUGCCAUCCUUCUCUUAUCAUUCUCAAGAUGAGGAUUUUCCUUAAAUAUUCAUUCCUACGACCUUGCCAUGACCUCAGCCUCCCACCCCCAGCCCUAACACAUGCAUAUACAUUCUUAUUGCCCACUCUGCGAGGGGUAAUAUUAGAAUUCACAUAUUCAUUCACAGUAUGAAGUUAGUACCUACCGUGUGAAAGGUACUGCAUUACAGCUUUGGAGAGUUACAAAGGUGAGACCUUAUUUUUAACCUAGGAAGGGAAGUAAUACAUAUACAUAGAUAAUCUCUAUCAUAAGAUGUGAUAUGGAAUAAGAACCAUGAGAGAGGCCUGUACUCCUAAGGUAAUAGAGUGAAAAGAGAGAUCACUAAGUGAAUAGUGAAGCUCUUGUGAAGUAGAAUUUUAUUAAACAAAUGGAGGGCAGGUCAUUUCAGAUGGAAGGAACAACAGGAAUAAGAGUUAAGCAGAAAAGAAUAGGAGAUAUUUUAGGGUACAUUGGGGGAUUAGUAUAAAUUUAGUCUGGAAGGUAUAUUGAGACCAGAUUAUAGAAGGAGCAUAGCUUACUGGUCAGUUUUAGAUUUACAUAGAUCUGAGUAUGAAUCCUGGAGCAACUACCAAAUAUGUUUGUGUCUGUGGGAAAGCUAAACUUCUCUAAGUUUCCUUAAUUUCCUCAUCUGUAAAAUUGGGAUGAUGCCUAGUAUUAAGUUACAUUAAGAGUUAAAUGAAAAUGUUUACAAAAUUGGAAGACUCACACAUUCCAAUUGCAAAAUUCUACAAAGCAGUAGUAAUCAAGACAGUGGAGUACUGGCCUAGGAUAGAUAUAUGGAUCAAUGAAAUAGAAUUGAGAAGCAAGAAAUUCUUAACAUUUAUGAUCAGUUGAUUUUUGACAAGAGUGACAAAACAAUCCAAUGGGAAAAGAACAGACUUUUUAACAGACAGUGCUGGAACAACUGGAUUCCACAUGCAGAAGAAUGAAGUUGGACGCCCUCUCCACACACACACAACAUAAAAAAAUUAACUCAAAUUGUAUCGAAGAUAUAAAUCACUAAAACUGUACAAUUCUUAGAAAAAAACAUAGGGGUAAAUCUUAAUGAAGUUGGAUUGGGCAAUGGUUUCUUAAAUAUGACACCAAACGUAUAACCGACCAAAAUAAAAAUAGAUAAAUUGGACUUUAUUAAAAUUAAAAACUAGUGAAAAAGGCACCAUCAAAAAAGUGUAAAGAAUGGGAGAAAAUAUUCAUAAAUCAUAUAUCUGAUAAUGGACUAAUAUCCAGAAUAUAUAUAAAGGUUACAACUCAAUAAAAGAAUAACCCAAUUAAAAAAUGGGCAGGGGCACCUAGGUGGCUCAGUGGGUUAAAUGUCUGACUUUGGCUCAGGUCAUGAUCUCACGGUUCAUGAGUUUGAGCCCUGCUUUGGGCUCUCUGCUAUCAGCGUGGAGCCUGCUUUGGGUCCUCAGUCUCCCUCUCUUUCUGCCCCUCCCCUGCCUCUCUCUCUUUCUCUCUCUCUCUCUCUCCCUCCCUCAAAAAUUAAAAAAAAAAAUGGACAAAUGAUCCAAAUAAAUAUUUCUCCAAAGAAUAUAUACAAAUGAUCUGUAAACACAUGAAAAUAUGCUUAACAUCUUUAGUUAUCAGGAAAUACAAGUCAAAACCAUAAUGAAAUGGCACUUCAUCCACUAGAAUGGCAGUAAUAAAAAAGAAAAAUAACAAGUGUUGUGAUGUAGAGAAAUUGUAACCCUUAUACACUUAUGGUGGGGAUACAAAAUGGUGCAGCUAUUUUGGAAAACAGUCUGGCAGUAACUUCCCAAGAAGUUAAAUUUUGAGUUACCAUUUGAUCCUGUAAUUCUGCUCCUUGGUAUGUACCCAUGAGAAAUGAAACCAUGUAUACAAACUGCCAUAGCAGCAUUAUUCAUAAUAGCCAAAAGAUAAAAAUCCAAAUGUCCAUCAAUUUAUGAAUGGGUAAAUAAAAUGUGUGUCCAUGUAAUGAAAUGUUUGGGCUUAGAAAGGAAUGAAGUACUUAUUCAUGCUACAAUGUAGAUGAACCUUGAAAACAUGUUCAUUGAUGUUCAUGUUAAGUGAAAGUCACAAAGACCGUAUGGUAUAUGAGUGCAUUUAUAAGAAAUGUCUAGAGUAGUCAAAUCUAUGAAGACAAAGUAGAUUAGUGGCAGCAUACAGAUGAGCAGGAUGAGGGUAUCGGGGUAAUGGCUAAAAGGUAUGGAUUUUAUUUUGCGGGUGAUAUAAAUGUUCUAAAAUUGAUUGUGGUGAUGGUACAGCUCUGCGAAUAUAUUAGAAACCAUUGAAUUGGACACUUUACAUGAGCGAAUUAUAUCUCCAUAAAGCUGUUACCAAAAGCAUUUUUUUAAUCUUAGAGAAUAUAAAAAAUUUGCUAAGUGCUUAACACAAUGCCCUAGCACAUGGUUCAUACUUAAUAAAUGGUAGCCAUUGUUGAAUCCAUACCACUUUAAUUUUACACAGUAACAAACAGAUUGAGUUAGCAAUACUGUAUGAGUACUGAUUUGACAAGGAAAAACCAGUUGGAUACAUCAUGAGAGGAGAUAAUGCAGGUGCCACUGAGGUGAUAGUAGGCAUGGAAAGGAAGAGGUAAUUUCUAACAAGUAAAUAGUGACAUUUUAUAGAUAAAGCAUGAAAGUAAAAUCUAUAGGGUUUGGUUACUGAUGGUGAUGGAUGAAGUGUGUUAUAUCUAUCAGAAUCACCUCAGGAGACAGAAACCACACAGUAAUAAAUGAGACAAAAAUUUCCAACUUACUAGCUGGGGUGAUAGUGCAUAAAAGUCUAAAUGCCUAGCUUCAUGCUAAAUGCUGAGAAAUCUAAAAUGGCUUCUGCCCUUAGAGUGUUUACAGUUUAAUAGAAGACUGACAUAAGCAAGAGCAAUAUAAUAGAGUUGUAUUUUCUAACUCAGCAAAUGAAAUGAAAAAAAAUUGCAUUUUUAAAAGUUUAUUUACUUUGAGAAAGUGAGCAAGCAAGUGUGCAUGCUAGCAGGGGAGGGACAGAGAGCAAGGGAGAGAGAGAGAGAAUUCUAGAGAGAGAGAGAAUUCAGCAGACUCCAUGCUGGUCAGAGUGAGCCUGGCACGGUGCUUGAUUGCAUGAAGGGUGAGAUUAUGACCUGAGCUGAAAUCAAGAGUUGGACGCUCAACCAACUGAGCCUCCCAGGAGCCUCCCAAAUUUGCAUUUUUAAAAUUGUAUUGAAAAUCCCUUAGAAUAGCACUACAUUGGAUUCUGCCACAUCCUCAUCUCAGCAGGUCUAUCAGAGCCAUUUUUGCCUCUAGUAUUGGACAUUAAUCUCUGCUUAUUUGAUCACCAGAUCAAAUGUUGGCUUGGGUUUGGAGAGCCCUGUUGUAGUCAAAUAUUUAUUGAACAUUUAUUACUAGACUCUAGAGAUAUUCCUAUUCUCAAUGAGCUUACAUUCUAGUAGGGAGGGCAAACGAUAGACAUACAAAAUUUCAGAUUCUUUUAAGUGAUACAAAGAAAAUAUAAUAGUGUGUAACUGAUGGUGGUGUUGGUGGCAAUGGUGACUACUAAUGCCACAACGUUCAGGCAAUACCCACCUCUCUGAGGAGAUGGAUGACAUUUGAGAUGAUGCAGUGGAGAACAUUCCUAGUAGAAGCAAUAAAUGUGAAGAUCGUAAGAAUCUCUGAUGUGUUUGUGCACAAACCUGGUAUGUUUUCCUGGACAUAAGGCCACUUUGACUAGAGUUUAAUGAUUGAGAAAGAAGUUGAAGACGGAUGAGAUCAGAGAGGUAGGCAGGAGCCAGACUAUAUAGGGCGUUUCGGACCAUGGCCAAGAGUUUGGGUUUUAUAAUCAAGGGAAUGACAUGACCCAAUUUAUUCUUUAGAAAAAACAUUUUAGUUCAAGAGUUUCUUAAUCUCAGCACUAUUGACUUUUGGGAUGGAAUAAUCCUUUGUUGAAGGGGGCUGCCUAGUGCAUUGUAGAAUGUUUAGUAGUAUCCCUGAUCUCUACCCAUUAGAUAUUGGUAACACCUUGCCUCCUCUGGUUGUGACAAUCAAAAACGUAUCCAGACAUUGCCAAAUGUCUCCUGGGAGACAAAAAUUACUGCUUUAACUGUACAAAAAAUUUAUUUAAAUAUUAGACUCUACACAGUGGAAUAUUCACAUUAGGGGAAACAUACUGGCCCCUAUUUCACAUGAACUCUGGUCCCUAUAAUGACCUUCAGAGUUGUUUCGUUGCUGCUAAUUUUUUUUUUUUAAGAUUAUAUUUUUAGGUAAUCUCUACACCCAACAGGUUUUGAACUUAAACCCCAAGAUCAAGAGUCACUUGCUCUUCCAACUGAGCCAGAUAGGGGCACUUGUUUUUGUUAAGUUUAUGCGGUUGAAUACAAGUAAAUUACAUGCUCAUGCUGUGACUCCGCUGUUCAAUAUACCACAGUGGACAUCUAGAUAAGGUCUAUUUGGGCACAAAAAAGGGAGUAAUUGCUUACCUAAGGGAAAGUAAGGAAAAGGAUGAGGUCAGGAAGUUUUUUGAAGCAGGAAGGAGGCAUGCGAUCUUUGAAUUGAAUCUUAAUAGAUUAAUAAUUGUUAAAAGGCAGGUAGUACUUUCUAGGCAGAGGAAGUAUGAGGAAGAGCUCUUUGAUCCUAGAGGUACUGUGUGUCAGGAAGGAAGGACAAGUUGAAAGGAUGAAGUGGGAAAUGUGGUAGGGUCUGAACAGGCUAUUGGAUAUUUGGGCUUAUAGCUCAGGAAAAUGGGCUGGAAGUAGAUUUGAAAAAUAUCCUCUUAGGGUGAUAGUUAAGGCAGAAGGAGAGGUGGGGAUGAAAUCAUCAUGGGAAUAGUGUGGGACAAAGAAGAGUACAGACAGUCUGGGGCACCUGGGUGGCUCAGUCAGUAUAAGUGCCCAACUCUUAGUUUUGGCUCAGGUCAUGAUCUCACACUUCAUGGGUUGGAGCCCUGUAUCAGGCUCUGCACUGGUAACAUAGAGUCUCUUUGGGAUUCUCUCUCUGCUCCUUCCCUGUUUGUGUGCUCUCUCUCGCUCUCAAAAUAAAUAUUAAGAAAAAAAAAAGCAAGGACCGUCUUCUUAGGGAACACUUAAAAUCCGGAUGUCUAUGUGGGCAGAUUGGACAGAGAGGCCCAUUAUUUGUCAAGUAGGGAGACUGAUAGGAACUGGGGAAUGAAUGCUGGAUACCCAGAGUGUUGUGCAGUUUUGUUUAAAUUUGGCAGUGACCUUCCUCAAGGACCUCACUUCACUGAUGUUUUGGGGCUAAGUAUAUUUUGCUGUUCCCACUUAAAAUUUAAUUCACCCUAUCCCACCCUUAUGAGGAAGCUUUUGGGUAGAAAAGCCUGAAGAGUAGUAAGUUGAUGGUGCUCAAACUUAAGGGUGCCCACCUGGAGGGCUUGUUAAACAAAUUGCUGGGCUCUGCUCUUAAGAGUCUGACUCAGUAGAUCUAAGGUGGAGCCCCAAAUCUGCAUUUCUAAGAAGUUUACUGCUACUGGUGUAGGGACCAUACUUUGCGAACCACUGUGAAAGGUAACUGACUGGUGUUGCAUCGGGAAUAAACUUUCUUAAUGAGUUUAAGAUAUUGGUCUGAGCCCUUGAAAUCACCUCAAAUGUUUAA